UCAUUCUUGUAUCACAUGCGACAUUAUCGAUUCAGAAUAAGAAGAGAUAUCAGCGCUAUUGAGAAGAAAGAAAUUAUUAAAUAUAACGAGCACAAACUAGGCAUCAGAUUCUUUGUACAUAUAAUGGAGAUUAAUAAAGAAGUUCCUGAAGAGAUUCCUGAAUCAACUAUGGCUCAAAGUGAAAACAUAAACGAAACAGUUUUGGAUAAUCAACAAAGCAUAUUGGAAAUAAAUACUGAUAAUCAAAGUAGAAUAUCAGAUAAAAGUAAUUGUAGUGAUAUAAUGGAAGAAGAAACUAUAUCUACUGAUGAUAUAAAUGUAUACAAUGGUUCUACCACUGAAGAUUGUAUUAUGGAGUCUAAUCCAGACAGUAUUACAGCUACUGAUGAUUUAAGACAGUUUGAUGUUUUGGAUGACUUAGAACGCCAUCCAGAUCAAAACUGCUGUGAUAUGGAUUCUGAUACUAAUGAAAGUAUGGAUUCUGAUGUACCUGAUGAAGAAAUUGAAGCCAUGCUUGAAGAAGGUUUACCAGAAGAAUUUAAAGGCAAAAGAAAAGACAAGAAGGAUAGUGUACCAUAUGAAGAAAAAGUAAAACUUGUCUUAGAUGAAAUUGGACAUAAUCACUUUGACGUACUUCCAGAAGGUUGGGUACAAGUGACACAUAAUAGUGGAAUGCCUUUAUAUUUACAUAAGCAAAGUAGAGUUUGUACUCUUGCAAAACCAUACUUUCUUGGACCUGGCAGUGUGAGAAAACAUGAAGUACCUGUUAGUGCAAUACCUUGCCUUCAAUAUAAAAGAGCUCUUCAUGAAGAAGAAGAAGAAAGAAAAAAACAAAAAGAACGUGAUCCAAAUGCAGAAGUUUGUAGCCUUCCAAGUGCAAAAAUUGAAACAAUUCAAGAAAAUCGAGCAGCACAUUCAUUGGAUAGUGAACAACUAAGAAAUUAUUGUCAAUCAUUAUUUCGAUUUAAAGCUAUUAAAGUAAUGAGAUUUCAAUCAUGGUCAGCAAGAAGAAAAUUCACAAAAAAUAAAAAACAUCGCAAACAACUUGAACGACCUACUUUACCUGAUGGAACAAAAUUAAUAACAUUUCCAGUUAGUAGUUCUGGUCUAGCAGGAAGUAGUAGUGGUAAUGCUGGAGAUGAUAAUACUGGACAAAGACCACCAAAACAUUGGAUAAUGAAUCCCUCUGGCAAAAGUUAUGUUUGUAUACUUCAUGAAUAUGUGCAACAUGCACUUAAAAAACAACCUACUUAUAAGUUUAAAGAAUUAGAAAAUGCAGCAACUCCAUACUCUGCAGUUGUUUGUAUAAAUGAUAUGGAAUAUGGGAGUGGUUUUGGCAGUAGCAAAAAACAGGCAAAAGCUAAUGCUGCUCGAAAAACUCUUGAAAUUUUAAUUCCUCAAAUGAGAGAUAAAAUUUCUGGUGACAAUGGUGGAGAUACAGUUUCUGGUAAUAAUAAUCGAAUGAUUAAAGCAUCUAGAGCAAAUUCUGAUGCAGAUUUAUCUUUUUUUGAUGAAAUCUCAAUUACUGAUCCACGAGUCGCAGAAUUUUGCGCUAAAACAACUGAACCAUCACCACAUGCUAUUUUAAUUACUUGUCUUCAACGAAAUUAUGGCCUAGGUGAUAUGCAUAUUAAUUAUUCUGUAAAUACAUUAAAACAUCAACGCAAUGAAUUUACAAUGCGUGUUGGCAAACAUGAAGCUACUGUUGUAUGUCGCAAUAAAAAAGAUGGUAAACAACGAGCAGCACAAGCUAUUUUGCAACUUAUGCAUCCUCACAUUCAAUCUUGGGGUUCUUUAUUAAGACUUUAUGGAUCUCGAAGUGUAAAAUCCUUUAAAGAAAAAAAACAAUUAGAACAAGAAAUCACAUUGUUGCAAGGUAAAGCUGCAGUUAAUCAGCCAAAUCAUGCUAUUUUAAGUAAACUUAGACAAGAAAUGAGGAAAUUAGCAGAACAAAGACAAGCUAUACAACCUAUCGGUAAAUUUGUACCGCCAGAUUUGCCAACUGGAUCUGCAGCUAAUUUGAACAAUGUAGAUUUAUAACAUACUAGUCAACUCCAUAUUUUAUAAAUAUUAAUUUAUUUUGUAAGUUUUGUAACAAAAAAGGCAUCUUUAAUUUGUUCUAUUUUAUGUUCUAAAAAAUAAGCGCAAAGUAUUUUAUAUAUGUUGUAUUAUAAUAUGAUAAUAAUGUAGGCUUUUAAAUGGUGCUAAAUCUUAUAUCAACAUUUUUUUAACACUUCGACACAUUUUAAUAGAUUUUUAUUUUUUACCCUGAAA